AUGCAUCAAAAUGAGUUUAAUAGUGUGGAGGCGGAACUUCGCGAGAUUGAGGAGGAUUUUGCGUCGGGGCAAAUGAAUGCCUUUGGCACGGCUGCCACAAAAGAGAACUUUGUUCGCGAGCUCCGCAGAAUUUCGGAUAUUGAGACACAAGUCUUCUACAAGACAUGCGGGCUGCUAAGCGCGAGCAUUUCGGAAGACCAUCUCAUGCGGGCGAUGAUUUUUGCUGGUGCAGACCCCUCCUGUGCGGGUGGCGGCGGUAGCAACAACAACAACAGUGAUGAGUGCAGCACCACCGUGACAACAACACAUUCACACGGACGGGAUAACAGUGCAACCGCCAGCUACCCCACCAAGUCCGUGGAUAAUGACACUGCGGUUCCAUCAAAGGCGGCGGCGAGCUUUUCGCCAGGCUCAUCAUCAGAAAAGAAGGGCAAAAACGCAGGGGCUGCAGCGGAACCGGGCUUUAAUGACGCAGCACCGUCGCCAUGGAGCAACGAUGCGGGGUUUACCGACAGACCGUUUCAAGAUGUCUCGCGACACUUCAAACUUUUAGAAGGGGAGUUCACAGCCAUUGGUGAGCACCUGCGCCAGAUUUCAAAGCGUGUAAUGAAUCUCAACGAGAUCGCGGAGCGGGCGCGGAACACGGGCUCUAACAGUGGAACAUAA